AUGGCAGACACGACCCCAUCGACAGCUGAGCAACAAGCUCACAAAUUUGAUGAAGGUCCGUUAGGUAAAGUCACUGCGUAUCCCGCGACCUACACACCUUCUUUACUACACCCGAUAGACCGCAGCGCUGCGCGUGCUCAGGUGGGUGUGGCCCAGGCUUCACAAUUACAUGGUGAAGACCUGUGGACCGGUUAUGAGUUUUCCUGGCUGGACACUCAGGGUAAACCUCUGGUGGCUGGAUUGCGUAUCCGCAUCCCGUGUCAGUCCGCUGCCAUGGUAGAAAGUAAAUCUCUGAAACUGUAUCUGAACAGUUUUUCGCAAACCAAGUUUGAGUCUCAGGCUGCGGUGCUGCACACCCUGGAUCAGGAUCUGAAUCUUGCUUUUCAGGCGCCGGUGAUGAUUGAGAUCAUGGAGCUGACGCAGCUUGCAGCACCGGUGCAUCAGAUGCCGGGUAUCUGUCUCGAUGAUAUUGAUUUGCGUACAGACACCUACGAGCGUGAGCCUGCGUUUCUGAUGCUGGAAGAUGUUGAUGUCAGUGUGCAUGAAACCCUGCACAGCCACAUUUUCCGCAGUCUAUGUCCGGUCACAGCUCAACCUGACUGGGCGUCGGUAAGCAUCGAAUACAGUGGUUCGCCUAUUAACCGGGUCGGUUUGUUGAAAUAUCUGAUCUCUUACCGGAACCAUCAGGCUUUCCACGAAACCACUAUUGAGCAGAUUUUCUGUGAUAUUACAGCGGCCUGUGCACCGGCACGUCUGGCUGUUUACGGUCGAUUUCUACGCCGCGGUGGAUUGGAUAUCAAUCCUUUCCGGGCGUCCUAUGAAGCGGAGGCACCUUUGUGUCGGCUACCUCGUCAGUAA